CAUGUGCCCGCCCCGCCCCGGCGGCGCCGCUCCUGCCGCCGCUGCUGCUGCUGCCGCCGGGCCGGACGCUGCGGGCUAGCGCGCGGGGGCUGCGGCUGCGUGUCCCGGCGCGCGGCUGGGUGGCCCGGCCGGCCACGAGGAUACAGCAGCAUGAAGCAGAGAUUAAGGUGACAGUGCCAGGUGGAUCAGCAGCCAUUUCACUGUCCCCUGUGGGGUUGUGCCAAGCGUAGGGGAGCAUGGAGGAGAGGAAGCAGGAGACAACGAACCAAGCUCAUGUCCUCUUUGACCGGUUUGUCCAGGCCACUACCUGCAAGGGAACCCUCAGGGCCUUCCAAGAGCUCUGUGACCACCUGGAACUGAAGCCCAAGGACUACCGCUCCUUCUACCACAAGCUCAAGUCCAAGCUCAACUACUGGAAGGCCAAAGCCCUCUGGGCCAAAUUGGACAAGCGGGGCAGUCACAAAGACUACAAAAAGGGGAAAGCGUGUACCAACACGAAGUGUCUCAUCAUUGGAGCUGGCCCCUGUGGUCUCCGCACAGCCAUCGACUUGUCCUUAUUGGGAGCCAAGGUAGUCGUUAUUGAGAAGCGAGAUGCCUUCUCCCGAAACAAUGUCUUGCAUCUCUGGCCCUUCACCAUACAUGAUCUUCGAGGUCUGGGUGCCAAGAAAUUCUACGGCAAGUUCUGUGCUGGAGCCAUCGACCACAUCAGUAUCCGUCAGCUCCAGCUAAUCCUCUUGAAAGUAGCCUUGAUCUUAGGCAUCGAAAUCCAUGUCAAUGUGGAAUUCCAAGGACUCGUUCAACCUCCUGAGGACCAAGAGAAUGAGCGGAUAGGAUGGCGAGCAUUGGUACACCCCAAGACUCAUCCUGUAUCAGAGUAUGAGUUUGAAGUGAUCAUUGGUGGAGAUGGGCGUAGAAACACCCUGGAAGGAUUUCGUCGGAAAGAAUUCCGUGGCAAGCUAGCCAUUGCCAUUACGGCAAAUUUUAUUAACCGAAAUACAACCGCAGAGGCCAAAGUAGAGGAGAUCAGCGGUGUGGCUUUUAUAUUUAACCAAAAAUUUUUCCAGGAACUGAGAGAAGCCACAGGUAUUGACUUAGAGAACAUCGUCUAUUACAAAGAUGACACACACUACUUUGUGAUGACGGCCAAAAAGCAGAGUUUACUGGAGAAAGGGGUGAUACUGCAUGACUACACAGACACGGAACUGUUACUUUCCCGGGAGAAUGUGGACCAAGAGGCCCUGCUGAACUAUGCCCGGGAGGCUGCAGACUUCUCUACCCAGCAGCAACUGCCUUCUCUGGAUUUUGCCAUCAAUCACUACGGGCAGCCUGAUGUGGCCAUGUUUGACUUUACCUGUAUGUACGCCUCUGAAAACGCUGCCUUGGUACGGGAACAGAAUGGACACCAGCUACUAGUAGCUCUGGUUGGGGACAGCCUCCUGGAGCCUUUCUGGCCAAUGGGAACAGGAAUAGCCCGGGGCUUUCUGGCUGCUAUGGACUCCGCCUGGAUGGUACGAAGCUGGUCUCUGGGCACCAGCCCCUUGGAAGUCCUGGCAGAGAGGGAAAGCAUUUAUAGGUUGCUGCCUCAGACCACCCCUGAGAACGUGAGCAAAAACUUCAGCCAAUAUAGCAUCGACCCCGUCACUAGGUACCCCAAUAUUAACAUCAACUUCCUCAGGCCAAGCCAGGUGCGCCAUUUAUAUGAUAGCGGAGAAACAAAAGAUAUUCAUCUGGAAAUGGAGAACCUGGUGAAUUCCCGAACCACUCCCAAGCUGACUCGCAAUGAGUCUGUAGCUCGUUCAAGCAAACUUCUGGGAUGGUGCCAAAGGCAGACAGAUGGCUAUGCAGGGGUGAAUGUGACAGAUCUCACUAUGUCUUGGAAAAGCGGCCUGGCCCUGUGUGCAAUCAUCCACAGAUACCGCCCUGAUCUAAUAGACUUUGACUCUUUGGAUGAGCAGAAUGUGGAAAAGAAUAACCAGCUAGCCUUUGACAUUGCUGAGAAGGAGCUGGGCAUCUCUCCCAUCAUGACAGGCAAGGAGAUGGCAUCAGUGGCGGAGCCUGACAAGCUGUCCAUGGUGAUGUACCUCACACAGUUCUACGAGAUGUUCAAGGACUCACUCUCCUCCAGCGACACCUUGGACCUGAAUGCAGAGGAAAAAGCCGUCCUGAUAGCCAGCACCAAAUCGCCCAUCUCCUUCCUGAGCAAGCUUGGACAGACCAUCUCUCGGAAGCGUUCUCCCAAGGAUAAAAAGGAAAAGGAUUUGGAUGGAGCAGGAAAGAGGAGGAAAACCAGUCAGUCAGAGGAGGAGGAGCCUCCCCGGAGCUAUCGAGGAGAAAGACCCACCCUGGUGAGCACCCUGACGGACAGGCGGAUGGAUGCUGCCAUCGGGAACCAGAACAAAGUAAAAUAUAUGGCAACCCAGCUGCUGGCCAAGUUCGAAGAGAAUGCACCUGCACAGUCCACUGGCGUAAGGAGACAGCCGACACAAGAGCGUGGGGUCAGCCAGCCGUCCUGCUGCCCGCCUGAGCAGGGUCGCCCUGCUCCCGUCCCCCAGUGGAAACAGCGACAGGAAAAGGAGCGUGCUCGGACCUGCCCCAAAAAAGUGAUCACCCUCUCUCCUCCCCCUACUCCACCUUCCCGCCGGGCUCGCAGUGUUCAGCAGAUAUACAGGGAUCUUCAUGCUGACAGCCGUGGCAAGCAGAAUCCCCACCAUGAGAGGCCUGAGCCUGAGCCUUCUCGUCGGUUUUUUGUUGACCAGUGGGAGCUCUCCCUUAGUCUCCGCUCCUCCCGCCCCGCCUCUCCCUCCUCUGACUCCCUCAGACAGAAGUAUAUAAAGAUGUACACGGGCGGAGUGAGCUCAUUGGCUGAGCAGAUAGCCAAUCAGCUUCAAAGGAAAGAGCAACCCAAAACCCUUCUAGACAAGAAGGAACUGGGCUCCAUAAAGAAAGAGUUCCCACAGAACUUGGGGGGUAGCGACACAUGUUAUUUCUGCCAAAAGCGGGUCUAUGUGAUGGAGAGGCUGAGCGCCGAGGGCAAGUUCUUCCAUCGAAGCUGCUUCAAAUGCGAGUACUGCGCCACCACACUGCGCCUCUCUGCGUACGCCUAUGACAUAGAAGAUGGCAAAUUCUACUGUAAGCCGCACUACUGUUACCGACUAUCUGGCUACGCGCAAAGGAAGCGGCCAGCGGUGGCUCCUCUACCUGGAAAGGAAGCCAAAGGAUCCCUGCAGGAUGGCCCCACUGGAGAUGCAAACGGACUGGCCAGCGUUGCCCCCAGCUCAGCCGAGAGAACUCCAGGUUCCAGCAUGAAUGGCCUGGAGGAGCCCAGCAUCGCCAAGAGGCUGAGGGGGACCCCUGAGAGGAUCGAGCUGGAGAACUACCGCCGAUCUGUGAGACAGGUGGAGGAGCUGGAGGAGGUGCCUGAGGAAACGCAGGCGGAGCAUAACCUGAGCAGCGUGUUAGACAAGGGCACGGAAGAGGAUGUGGCCAGCAGCAGUUCCGAGUCGGAGAUGGAGGAGGAGGACGAUGACGACGAUCAGCUCCCCACCUCUGACCUAGGUGGGGUUCCCUGGAAGGAGGCAGUGAGGAUCCAUGCCCUUCUGAAGGGGAGGAGCGAGGAGGAGCUAGAGGCCUCCAAGAACUUUGAGCCUGAGGAAGAGGAGGAGGAGUAUGAAGAGGAAGAGGAGGAGGAAGAGUACGAUGAAGAGGAAGAGGAGGAGUCCAGUGAAGCCGGGAAUAGCAGGCUGCAGCAGAUCAUAACCACAGCAGAUCCCUUGGCGAUCCAGGCUGAUGUGCACUGGACACACAUCCGUGAGAGAGAGGCGGAGGAGAGGAUGCUCCCAACCUCUGAGUCCUCCACUUCCAGAGUGACCGGCCUUCCCUCCGUACGCCGCGCAGCAGUACAGGCCUGGCUGGAGACUGUCUCCGGAGCCCCUCUGGAUGAGAAUGACCUAGAAGAGGACGUGGACUCGGAGCCAGCAGAGACUGAAGGGGAAGCAGCAGAGGAUGGAGACCCUGGAGACACUGGUGCCGAAUUGGAUGAUCAGCACUGGUCUGAUGACAUCCCUUCGGACGCCGAAACGGAACUCCGCUUGCAGCGCCAGGCCCAAGUGACAGCUGAUCUGGAGCUGAGAGUGUCAGAAAUUGAUGAAGACAAACUGCCUGAUACGCCAAAGCAGGAGGGGAGAGGUCCUUCCCAAGUCUCCAGCCCCAGCCAGUCACCUCAGAAACAAGCUGUUCUGUUCUCCCCAGCCCAGAGCCCUGGGGCAGAGGGGACCAAGGCCCUGCUUGCCUCUGUUGCCACCAAGACAAAGUCUCCCGAGGAGCCCCUCUUCCCUGCACCUCUGCUCCCCAGAGAAAAGCCCAAAGCUGAAGCCCCCACAGAUCAGAAAACUGCACACUCACCCAUCCGAUCACAGCCUGUGUCCCUGCCGGAAGCCAAGACACCUACCUCACCUACCAGUUUAAAGCCAGAGUCUCUGGUGGCCCCUCCCACACCUCCCUCCACCCAGCCCCCCAUCUGCUCCCAACCUCAGCCUUCCUCAGAUGCUUCCAUACCUUCACCCACCGAGUCCCCCAUACGUUUCCAGCCAGUUCCAGCCAAAACAUCCACACCCCUGGCCCCACUUCCUGUGAAAAGCCAAGGAGACACCAAAGACAGAUUAAGUGGCCCUCUGGCUGUGGAGGAGGCCCUGAAGCGGAGUGAUCUGGUGGAGGAGUUCUGGAUGAAGAGCGCCGAGAUCCGCCGUAGCCUGGGCCUCACUCCUGUGGACCGGAAGAAGGGGUCAGAGCCCAGCCUCCCCUCACCUGCCUUUAAGCCAAUAUCCCUAAAGUCGUACUCGGUUGACAAGUCCCCUCAGGAAGAGGGCCUCAGCCUUCUGAAACCUCCACCUGUUCCUAAAAGGUUGGGCCUGCCAAAGUCAGCUGGUGACCAGCCCCCACUGCUGACCCCAAAGUCACCCUCUGACAGGGAGCUGAGGAGCAACCAGGAGGAGCGUAGGGACCUCUCCAGCAGCUCAGGCCUGGGUCUCCAUGGCAGCUCUUCCAACAUGAAGACCUUGGGCAGCCAGAGCUUCAACACCUCUGACUCCACAAUGCUCACCCCACCUUCUAGCCCUCCCCCACCCCCACCUCCCAAUGAGGAGCCUGCAACCCUGCGAAGGAAACCCCAUCAGACUUUGGAGCACAGGGAGGCCUCAGUUGUCCCACCUCCCCCUCCUACCACAUUCAUGCGGCCCCCACGGGAGCCAGCCCAGCCCGCCAGGGAGGAGGUUCGGAAGUCCUUCGUGGAGAGUGUGGAUGAGAUCCCCUUUGCUGAUGAUGUGGAGGACACAUACGAUGACAAGACUGAGGACUCGAGUCUGCAGGAGAAGUUCUUCACGCCCCCCUCCUGCUGGUCCAAGUCAGAGAAGCUCCAGGCUAAGGAGAAUGGGCGGCUCCCUCCCCUGAAUCCGGAUAUGCAACCACAGAAAAGAGGCCUGCCUGUGGUCUCUGCAGAAGCCAAGGAGCUGGCUGAGGAGCGCAUGCGAGCCCGGGAAAAGUCUGUGAAGAGCCAGGCACUUCGAGAUGCCAUGGCCAAACAGCUGAGCCGGAUGCAGGCCAUGGAGAUGGCAUCAUCUAGGUCCCGCCCAGCACCAUCCCAGGGCAAGGAACUAGGACCAGAGUCCACCAAGCGUACAGGCCUCCGAGGCUCCCAGGAGCCCACUCUGAAGCAUGAAGCUACUAGCGAGGAGAUCCUCUCCCCUCCAUCAGACUCAGGAGGCCCUGAUGGCUCUGUCACCUCAUCUGAGGGCUCCAGUGGGAAGAGCAAAAAGAGGUCGUCCCUCUUCUCCCCCCGCAGGAACAAGAAAGAGAAGAAAUCCAAAGGGGAAGGCCGAAUCCCAGAGAAACCUAGCCUGGGCCUCCCAGAGGAAGUGGCUGCUAAGCCCAAGUCCCUGUGGAAAUCAGUCUUCUCUGGAUACAAGAAGGACAAGAAGAAGAAGAGUGAUGAGAAGUCCUGCUCCAGUACCCCAUCCAGUGGUGCGACAGUGGACUCAGGCCACCACAGGUUGUCUCCCAUAGUGAGAACAGAGCUGCAACUCCGGCGCCAGCUGAGUUUCUCAGAGGACUCAGACCUGUCCAGUGAUGACAUCCUUGAAAGGUCUUCCCAGAAGUCCAAGCGAGAGUCGAUUUAUGUACCACACGCCUUGGCGUUCAGGAGAGCCUAUUCAUCAAAGCCCAGAACCUACACAGAAGAGGAGCUGAGCGCCAAGCUGACGCGGCGGGUGCAGAAGGCGGCGCGGAGACAGGCCAAGCAGGAGGAACUGAAGCGGCUGCACCGAGCCCAGAUCAUCCAGCGGCAACUGGAGCAAGUAGAAGAGAAGCAGAGGCAGCUGGAGGAGAGGGGGGUCGCCGUGGAGAAGGCCCUACGAGGCGAAGCAGACUAUUGGGGAGAGUCUUAUUACAGUGGCCUCAUCGACUUGCACCUGGGCGUUGAGCCCAGUGGCGGGACUCCACGGCGUAGACCUCUCUCCUUCUGCCCUUGCUGUGCCCAGGAAGGCAUGGGCAAAAAGGAUGACCCCAAGCUGAUGCAGGAGUGGUUCAAGCUGGUGCAGGAGAAAAAUGCCAUGGUGCGCUACGAAUCGGAGCUGAUGAUUUUUGCCCGGGAGCUGGAGCUCGAAGACCGCCAGAGCCGGCUGCAGCAGGAGCUGCGGGAGCGCAUGGCCGUGGAAGAUCACCUGAAGACCGAGGAGGAGCUGUCAGAGGAAAAGAAGAUCCUAAACGAGAUGUUGGAGGUGGUGGAGCAGAGAGACUCGCUGGUGGCCCUGCUGGAAGAGCAGCGACUGCGGGAGAAAGAGGAGGACAAGGACCUGGAGGCUGCUAUGCUGUGCAAGGGCUUCAGCCUGGACUGGUCCUGAGCCUGACUACCACUGUGUUUGGUAGAUUGGCACCCGCCUGACCCGGCUGCGUUAUCCCAAACCAGCGGAUCCAGGUUCAGAAGAGGCCUGGCAUCCCUGGAGGGUAGCACACAGACACCCUGUGCUAUGGGAAAACCCCAGGCAAGGGCUAUCAUCUGAGGUGACUCCACCUCCUAGGAAAGGCCCGCUCAGGAGGGAGGAGAUGGGUGUGCUUGAUGUGUGCCUCGGGGGAAAUGCCUGCAGGCCCCUGAGGGCAGGUCCUUGGCACCUCUUCCUUCCUUCUGCUGGUAAGAGAGGGGAGUGGCCCCUCUUCAGAGCCACUGCCACCACAGAGAACCUGAAGAGCAGAACAGCCGUUGUCCUCAUGCUCCCUGAAGUACCACCAAAGAGAGUACAUCUACAGAAAGGGCUGUGGAUGGAGGGGAUCCAGCAAGGAGCCGCACCCUGGGCGUGAUGCCCACCCUCCCAUUGCAGGAGAAGCCAGACAGUAGGCAGGUUCGUUAUGCAAGUUAGGAGGGCGCAGCAGGGUUCUGUCCCCAGCCCCACCACACACUGGAUUCCCAGUGGCCAAGUGUCCCAGGCCUGUCACCCUGGCAGUGGCCUGAGGCCCAUGGAUUGCUGUGUUUUGCUUUUAGUUCACAACCAUUUUGACACUGGAAAGUAUUGACUUCGGGAGAGCUGAGGGAGGCCCUACAUGUCAGCCUCCCCUCCCCACACUGACAGACAGGCACCAUCCCUGGCCAGCACCAGCAUCAAUACAGGAGAUGGCCCUCCUUGGCAUUGCCCUGUGUUUGCACAUUUGAAAGGAAAUCUGGCCAGACACUCAGCCACUUCGGACCCUUUUUGUCAAUUAACUUAUUUUUUUAAUACUUGAAAGUAAGCAACUUCAUUUUUAUACCUUUACUAGAGACACUGAUUGCCUGUCACCUGCGUGUAGGAGUGACCGGGAGGUCUCUGCCCAUCCCAUGCAGCCUGAUGCAAAACCGACCUGAUUCUUGUUACAUGCAUCUAUUUAUUAGCCUUCUUAAUAGUGUUACUGACCUGGUUGGCACCAGGGAGCAGCUCAAAGCCCUGUGGGUCCUUGUCACAGCUGUUCUGUCCCUUUCUCCACCCAGCACCCUGUCCCUGCUGGCACUGGACUCCUACGGGAGAGCUGCCUCUCUAUGAAAGCAGGCCUGGAGACAGACAGGCUGCUGUGGGCUGUGCUCUUGGGAUCACGGCUCUGUGGAACCACUUCGUCCAGUUUUGCUGCCAAGGUUUUACCUCCUGUACAUACGUUAAAGGUUGAGGGUAGCCCCUCUUUACUCUUGCUGGGACCAAGUCGAGUGUGACCUUGUCCUCAGGCUGACUGAUGACAGUGCCCCAGCAAGACAGGAGUGUGUGUGUGUGUGUGUGUGUGUGUGUGUGUGUGUGUGUGUGUGUGUGUGUGUCGGUCUCCCCUCAACACUCUGGCCACUCUGAUCUUCCCUGCCUGUGCUAGGAUUGUCUUGGCCAGCAAGAGCCAACAAGCAGCACGUAACCAGCUCCAUAAACCAAAUCGUUCAUUUCUCGUGGUUCACCCAGAGAUGGCUGAUGGCGGCCAGGGUGCUUCUCUUUAAGAACAGCAGCAAGUGGACCAGUGAGUACAUUGGUGCCAACCAGCCUGGAGAAGGGCGUGCCAGUUGGGCCUGGCAGGAGGGGCUGGUGCAGGAAACAUGCCGUCUCUGGCAGUCCUUCAAGGCUCCUGAGGGCAACACAGCCAAGGGCCCACACUCACCCUGGACUUCCCGUGGGAACCACACUGUGCCUCAACUUGAACAUCCAUCUAACAACGGAGGAGCAAACAGCUAUGUCAGUCUUCGGCGAAAGCUGCCAUCUCUCCUGUGGAAGUAUAGGUGUGCUGCUGGCCACCACCACAGCCUGAUGUCAUCGCCUCCUGGUCUGACGUGGCAGUACUGCUGUGUUUAUUCUCUGUCUGAGACGGGGAGAGGAGGAUGUUCUGGAUUCCAUUUUUCAACCACAAUCUGCCAAUCAAACUGGACUUUGGACAGAACCUUUAUCGCCUGUGUGACCUUCUCCUUAACCCUGUCCACCUCCCCAGUGCCACUGGCAACCCCAGGGAGCUCAGCCCUGUCAUUCCUGCUAACCCAGAAGAAGGAAACCAUUUCCAGAGACUCAAGGAGGAGGGAGGGGCAUGCUCCUCUAGUGGCCUUGUAAAGCACCAGAUGUUCCCUCCCCACCGCUGUCCUGAUCAGCCAGAACCUUGAUCUUUCCAAAGCACAUGCUGCUUCCUGCAGUCACUAGAAAGGGGGCAGAAUCCACCAGCCUGGGCCACAUCCCCCAGCUCUCCAGCCAUGGUAGAGCACUUUUUUCUGGCUCCCACUUUGUAACCACUAGUUUGAUUUCAGUGGUUGGGGGACUCGAGACGUGAAGUAUUCUCCACCUCUGCAAGAGCAAGCAGCUCUAGCCAGAUCUUCUUCCCAAGAAUUAUGUCUUCACUUGAAGGCAGGGAAGAGAAGGAUGUGUAUACACUUCAAACACGCGUAAGAUGCUAGAGUGCAUUUGAAUAAGCCCAAACUCAAGGCGAAGUACUGUACGUGAGGCCCCAGCUUCUAUCCCUAAAGGGCAGACAGAAAGCAGCCCCCUGCUCCCCAGUAAGAGCUGGGCCAGAACCCCAGGUUCUAACCCUGCUCAGCUGAUAUCUUUGGGCCUUUCCCCCAGCAGCCAUCCUUAAGUUGACCAGCAACUGUAGACUUUAAAAGAUAAGACAUUUUUCACUGGGACAGGAGAGGAAACGAGUUGGGGAGGGAGCGGUAACAUAUAUCAGGGCAUGGGAAUAUAGCUCAGUGGUAGAAUGUGUGCUUAGCAUGCAUAAGGCCCACGGUUCAAUCCCCAGUACCACAUAAAAAGAAAAAAAAAAAAAAACCUUUUUGUGAAAGAUGGUAACAUGACCCACAAGAGGGAAUAGUCUGUUUUAUGCGCAAUAAAGUUUUUUU